AUGAUGAGUCCAGUAAACACUAAACUGCCCAUGAAUAUAAUUGUCGCAGUGGAUAAUAAAAUGGGCAUCGGUAAGAACGGAAAAAUUCCAUGGCGUCUUCCUGUUGAUAUGAAGCGUUUUUGUCGAUUAACCACUGAGACGAUAGACAAGAACAAAAAGAAUGCAGUUCUCAUGGGACGUAAGGUUUGGGAAAGUAUUCCUGAGACUAAUAGACCCCUCAAGAAUCGUCUCAACGUUGUUCUGAGUACUACGAUGCCUGAACCAGAAGACGGAAGUUAUGUUGUGGCACGCAGUUUCGAAGUUGCAUUGGACUUGUUGGAUGAAAUGAAAGACAAGAUAGAAACGAUUUGGAAUAUUGGCGGUCGUCGUGUUUACGAAGAUGGCUUAAGAUCACCACAGCUCAAUCAGUUAGCUUUUACAUACGUUGAUGGUGAUUUUCACGCAGAUGUGUAUUUUCCGAGAAUGGACAUGACAAAAUUCGCAAAAAUUGAAAAUGGGAAGGAUGAAUGCAAUGCGGUUGAAGGCGAUAUUAAGUAUAACUUCGUAACUUAUCAAUGCUUCAGCUAG